GAAACCGUUCUCCCAUCCCCAGAGAUAUCAUAUCACCCCGCACAGAAAAUGCGUCUCUCCCUCCUCGCCGUUGUUGUUGCUUUGACAGCAUCCAUGUUUGUCAGUGCAUGUAAAACCGAGAAUCAAAUUUGCACGUCACGUCUAGAUUGCUGCGAUUCUAUGUUGUGUGUGCAUACUCAGCCUGACGUGAGUAUGAGAAAGUCGCUGUGCAGCCAGGAUUCAACCACAUGAGUAAAAACUCACAUUGGAAUCUGCAGACCAUAACUGGCGGAGGGAAAAUUGAGCCGACAGCCCGAGCGGCAUGUCGCGUCAUUCGCAGUGACGCACUCAAUCAUUACAGUUGCUUUUGGUCAAAUUUUCAUACCGCUCGAGCAAUGUAAAUAUGUGAACUUAUCUAAAAAUGAUUGACCAUGCCUAGUCUUGCUCGUCGUCCACUGAGCCUGAGUUCAAGAGGCCACCGAAACUAGCG